CUCCAGGUGCCCGCCAUGGUGAGGUACAUCCACCAGUGGCUCCUGGCCAAUGAUUCCGCCGAGCACAGGCUGGACAAGACCCUGGUGAAUCUCACCAAAGCACACCCGGAUGAUGCAGUAAUGACGCUCCUGCGUGUGGCCCCGUCCUGUGACAGAGCUGCUUGGACCAUGUGGAAAACCAUCAUGGGCUCAAGCAGGACUGCGGAGCUGGCACAGCUGGUACUCCUGGAUGUGCUGGGGAACUGGCCGGAGCACAGCACGUGCACCUCCGAUGGGGACAAAACGGGUGUCUUUGCCCUGGCUGCAACUGUGGUGAUGUGGAAGAUCCUCCAGGUGCGCUGUGUCCCCCGUAUAAUGAAGGUGUAUUUCCCACGCCUAUUUGUGCAGCUGCUCUUCCAAGUGUUCUUCAGCACUCUGGAUAUGCCAGAGGAGGUGGAUACCUUCUGGAAGGGAUGCCAGGAAGAACACGGCCUUGCCACCAGCCCCAACAGGUUUGCAGUGCGGACCCUGAAGUCCCUGCUCUGCCAAAGGCAGUACAAGGAUGUGGUGGUGGCAAUGGAACGCAGGGGUGUCUGGAACACACUGCUGUGUGAUGAUACCCGACACUAUGCCGUGGGUCUGCUGGCCAGGGAGAUGCGCCAUGCUCGUCUUGAAUUGUGUUCCAGUAUUGCACUCCACCUCCUCCAGCUGCUCAGCAGGGAGGAGCCACACUGGGAUCUGCCCGCCCUGGCGUUCAUUGUGGAGGUCCUCGAGUGCCUGGAUUACAGUGAAUGUGCUGACAGUGUUGUGGAGGUCUCGUCAAGGUACCUGCAGAGCGAGUGCAGGGAGAGGCGUCGCCUGGCACUCAGGGCCCUUCUCGAGCUCAUUCACAAUCCCUCGAUGGCUGACAAAAUGUGGAGCCUGACUGAAAGCCUCAUGGAUCUACUGUGGGACAAUGAUGCAGAGAUAGCUGGGAUGACACUUGUCGCACUCAGCUUUAUAUUCUGGCGCAAAUACAGUCUGAUGUCAAGCCCUAUUGUCCUGCAGCUGGCUGAGGCACUCCUGCCACUCUUUGACCAUGAUAAUAGCCAGGUACAGCUGCUCUCCAUAAAACUUUUCCGAGACAUGAUGGAGGUUUUGGAAGAGAGAGAAAAACCUUUGGAAAGGCUUGUGCAUCAGAGUCUGCUGCCACUCUUCUUCCACUGCCAUGAUGAGAGUCAGCAUGUGGCAGAGGCUUCUCGGGAAACGCUGCUUUGUGCGGCCAGGUUCCUGAAGAGGAGAGAUAUCAAAAAGCUGGUGAAGGAGGAGAAACUGUGGAAGUUCAGCAAGUGUUUGGGGUGGCCGGACAGCACCUGAGGGGGAACAUGGAAGAGCUGCUGAUGAUCUACAGUGCCCUUGAAGACAGGGCAAAUGACGUCAGCCUUGCCGUUGGAAGCCUGGCAAUUCAAUCAUUGUGCAUCCUCAGGUCUGCAGAGCGGGCUCCAAUCUCCAGGUUCCAGAGGCUGCAAAAUCAGCUGCGCGGGAUGUGGAAGGCUCGGCCGCGUCUGUCGCAUCUCCACAGGCUGAGCUGCUGGAGCUCUGUGGAGAUGUGAUUCCAUAUGUUCUUUUAGUUGGGGCCACCGGACUAAUUAGGAAUUUUGUUUUUUUUCAAGAAUGUUCUACUUUUAGUUUUCUUUUACUGUGUUAAUAUAGAAUGUGUUAUAA